GUGCCGCGUUGGUGUUUUAUGUUUAUCCCCAAUCCCAGCUCUCAGUUUUAUUUUCUUAUCUUCAUCCUCUACUUGCAGAGUCGCAGCCAUCAAAAUCUCACAAACUCACUCGCCAUGACCCGGCCGAUGUCCUCUCCUCCCUCCGCUCUGUAAGAGAAACGUUCUCCUCCUUCCUCUUGUCCAAAAGCCGACCAUGUUUUCCAGUUUUGCGCCUCCUGUUUUUCUCAAUUUUCCAAUUUCUUCAUCUCUCUCGAGAAGAAGAAUUAUCAUCGGAGCCAACCAUACCUCUGCUCGCUUCUGCUCCCGUUAACCUUUGCCUUUUAGACCCCAUUUUACAAGGUUUAGAUUUGUUUUCCCAUCGUAUAGAACUCAAUUUUUUUAAUUCUUUUAUUUUUUUGCAUAAAGCUUUGUAGAGUGACAGUCAUGGAGCCUACUAUCGGCAAACAUAGCUUUCUUAGGAAUGUAAUGGCGCGUGUGCUUUUAUUUGGCGUUUUAAUUAUUGUCGUUCGAUUUGCUUACAUCGUCACGAUAGCCGGAGAGUCGUGUAAUCUCGGAGACUUCUGCUUUUUCUCUUUGCCGGAAAAUUUCAGCUUCAUUAUCGCCGGGACCGGGACCGGCGCUUCAGCGGCUAACAGAGUCGUUAGGCCCGCGGCUUCCAUUCAACCUGAUCUAUACACUAGCAAAGACUGGAUCAAGGCCGUCCAUUUUUACUCCUCGGUGUUUCAAGAUCUGAUGGCAGAAGGCCACCUCUCUCCGACCUUCAAGUCCCUGUGUGUAGAGACACCUACAGGACAGGACGUCUAUGCCUUGAAAGAGAUCGGCGUUCCGGACUCGGUUGGAAUUUUCAAGAAAGCUUUUAAGCCUUUGGUAAUCUCCAGUAAAACCAAUCGCAUACCGUUUGAUGAUGAUACCUUUGACUUCGUUUUCUCCGGUCAUGGCGGCAUCGAUAAAGCUUCUCGGCCGUUGGAUCUUGCAUCGGAGAUCUCUCGGACGCUCAAACCAGAAGGGUUUGUGGUGGUCCAUGUGAAGGCAAAAGAUACGUAUAGCUUCAAUUCAUUUCUUGAUUUGUUCAAUUCUUGCAAAUUGAUAAAAUCGCAUAAUAUAGAUGGUUAUGAUUCAUCCAUGCCUUACAUUAGAGAAAUUAUUCUACAAAAACAGAGUGGAUUUUUUGGCCGUGGGGUGAAGGAGCCCAGCGGCAAUUCGGUGGAUAAGUGCUCUGUCCCGGAGCAUAAGAGGGAACUGGUCCGUAACGCGGAGCCUUUGAUCGCAAAAGAGCCGUUGAAGCCAUGGAUUACAUUAAAACGGAAUAUAAAGAACAUAAAGUAUUUGCCAUCAAUGGCUGAUAUAAGUUUUAAGAACAGAUAUGUUUAUGUUGAUGUUGGAGCUAGGAGUUACGGCUCUAGUAUUGGCAGUUGGUUCAGGAAGCAAUAUCCAAAACAGAAUAGGACUUUUAAUGUGUAUGCAAUUGAGGCUGAUAAGGCCUUUCAUGAAGAGUACAGAGUGAAGAAAGGGGUUACAUUAUUGCCAUAUGCAGCUUGGGUGAGGAAUGAGACGCUGUCUUUUGAAAUUAAUCACGACCCUGGUCAGGAAGUCAAGGACAGAGGAAGAGGAAUGGGGAGAAUUCAGCCAGUAAAAUUGACAAAACAGGGUGAUGAGAGUUUUAAUGGAGAGGUGGAUGAGAUUCAGGGGUUUGAUUUUGCAAUGUGGUUGAAGAAGACUGUAACAGAUAAGGACUUUGUGGUGAUGAAAAUGGAUGUAGAAGGGACUGAGUUUGAUUUGAUACCUCGGCUGUUUGAGACUGGAGCUAUUUGUUUGAUUGAUGAAAUCUUUCUUGAAUGCCAUUACAAUAGGUGGCAAAGAUGUUGCCCGGGAGAGAGGAGCUCCAAAUAUGAGAAAACCUAUGGACAAUGCUUAGAGCUGCUUACUUCUCUGAGAGAGAGUGGAGUUCUUGUUCAUCAGUGGUGGUGACUGGUAACAAUUCUAUAUAUCUCUUGUAACAUUUUACGUUUUCUUCCCCCUUAAAAGAAAGAAAAAUUAGGUGCUUCCCCACAAAAUUAGAAAAUGUUAUAGGUUUUUGUUUCCUUUUUUUUUCAUUUAAAAAUCUCAUAUGUAUGCUGUUGUAUUUUCUUGUAAGAAUUGCAAUUGCAGAUUAAAGUUAUUUUUGUUUCACUCU